UAGCCCGGGCAACAGACUGAGACUCUGUCUCAAAAAAAGAAAAAAGUAAUCUGGGAUAAUGUGAAUGCCUACCACACAUAGUGGUGAAGAGUGAACAAGCUGAUGUUUAAAAUUAUUACUGUUGUUUUGUGAGUCUGUCUUUCAUGCACAGAAGAGUUGAUUUUCCUUGCGGGUGGCACCUGGUAAACAGUUAGUUGCUGCGUGCCAAGAUACACCCUGUCGAUUGAAAGGGAAGGGUUGGAACCCAGAUUACUAGUGUGCUUUUCCAUUAUGGUGUGUCACAGAGCUGCAAGAUAAGCUAGAUUUUUCAUGGCUGCUUUUUUUUGUCCUUACUAUGCUUUCUCAGGACACUGCCAAUCUAUAAAACAAGAGCUUGGAGAGAGGACUGUGUUGACUAUUGGAAAUCGCAAAGUAAUGUCUCAGGUGACAUUUAGCGAUGUGGCUAUAGACUUCUCUCAUGAAGAAUGGAGAUGGCUAGAUUCUGCACAGAGGGAUUUAUACAAGGAAGUGAUGGUCCAGAAUUAUGAGAACCUGGUCUCUCUAGCAGGUCUUUCCAUUACUAAGCCGUAUGUGAUCACUUUAUUGGAGGAUGGAAAAGAGCCCUGGAUAGUGGAGAAAAAACUGUCAAAAGGUAUGUUUGCAGAUUGGGAAUCAAGAUGGGAAAACAAGGAAUUAUCAAUAAAGGACAUUUAUGAUGAAGAUUCACCUCAAACAGUGAUAACAGAAAAAACUGUAAAGCAAAGUUAUGAAUUUCUAAAUUUUAAUAAGGAUUCAGAAUACAUAGAGAAGUUGGAGGAGAAGCAUGGAAGUCAAGAAGAACAUUUCAGACCUGUGACCCUCACCUUUAGGGAAAGCUCCACUGGGGAAAGUGUUUACAAAUACAACACAUUUAGAAGCAUCUUCCAUUUAAAGUCUACUGUUUCUGAACCACAGAGAAUUUCUGAAGGGAAAUCAUGUAAAUAUGAUGUAUUGAAGAAGAGCUUACCAAAAAAGUCAGUUAUAAAAAAUGAUAAAAUCAAUGGCGAGAAGAAACUUUUGAAUUCUGAUGAAAGUGGGGCAGCCUUCAGCCAGAACAAAUCUCUUGCCCUUCACCAGACUUACAAUAGAGAGAAAAUCUAUGCAUGCAGUGAAUGUGGGAAGGCCUUUGGCAAACAAUCAAUCCUUAAUCGCCACUGGAGAAUUCAUACAGGAGAGAAACCGUAUAAAUGUCGUGAAUGUGGGAAGACUUUUAGCCAUGGCUCAUCCCUUACUCGACAUCAGAUAAGCCAUAGUGGAGAGAAACCAUACAAAUGUUUUGAAUGUGGGAAGGCAUUUAGCCAUGUUUCAUCACUUACUAAUCAUCAAAGCACUCACACUGGGGAGAAACCCUAUGAAUGUAUGAACUGUGGAAAGUCUUUUAGUCGUGUUUCACAUCUCAUUGAACAUCUAAGAAUUCAUACUCAAGAAAAACUCUAUGAGUGUCGUAUAUGUGGGAAGGCUUUCAUUCAUAGGUCAUCUCUCAUUCACCAUCAGAAAAUUCAUACUGGGGAGAAACCUUAUGAAUGUAGUGAAUGUGGGAAAGCUUUUUGCUGUAGCUCACACCUUACUCGACAUCAAAGAAUUCACACUAUAGAGAAACAAUAUGAAUGUAACAAAUGUCUGAAAGUCUUUAGUAGCCUCUCAUUUCUUAUUCAACAUCAGAGUAUUCAUACUGAAGAAAAACCCUUUGAAUGUCAGAAAUGCAGGAAAUCCUUCAACCAGCCUGAAUCACUGAAUAUGCAUUUGAGAAAUCACAUUAGAUUAAAACCUUAUGAAUGUAGUAUAUGUGGGAAAGCCUUCAGUCACAGGUCAUCCUUGCUUCAACAUCACAGAAUUCAUACUGGAGAGAAACCUUAUGAAUGUGUUAAAUGUGGGAAGACAUUCAGCUGUAGUUCAAACCUUACUGUACAUCAGAGAAUUCAUACUGGAGAAAAGCCAUAUAAAUGUAAUGAAUGUGGGAAAGCUUUUAGCAAAGGCUCAAAUCUUACUGCCCAUCAAAGAAUACAUAAUGUAGAGAAACCCAGUAGUGCAGUAAGUGUGGAAAAGUCUUUGGUCCAUAUGAAUCACUAUACAUGUGAGAAAGCAUACAGGAGAGAAACUAUAUGAAGCAGUAUUUUUCAUAAUAAACUUGAGCCAUAGUUCCUCCCUUAUUCAACAUCAGAAAAUUUAUACUAUAGAAAAGUCUUAGGAAUGUGGUGAAUAUGGGAAGAUCUUUAGCAUUGAUGCAAACCUUUUUGGCUAUCAGAGUUCCUACUCUAGAAUAACCAUAUGAAGACAAUAAAUGUUGGUGAGCCUUUGUCAGUAUUAUCCCUUAAUUGACAUAAGAAUAUUCACACUAGAAAGAAACCCAACAACCCCUGUGCAUGGAGCAAAUACGGGAAAGACUGUAGGCAAUAGGAAUCUCUCACAAACUACUACAGGAAAGAAGCUGUAUGAAUAUAGAAAAAUUAGAAAUUGUGGGAAGUUCUUCAGUUCCAAGUAAAUCCCUUAUUCUAUAUCAAAUAAUUCAAAUUGCAGAGAAAUCUGCAGUAAGAAAUGUAACAGAGUGUUCAUUAAGAGUUCUUACUUUGCCAGACAUCAGAAGAUUAUUGGUAGAACAACCUGAAGGAUACAGGAAUUAUGUGUAAAUCUUGCAGUGGUGCUAUUUGUAUAAGUAGUUCUAUAGAAGAGCAAGCAAGCAUAUUAUAAAUAAAUAUGCAUUCCUUAUAACAGUAGCUUGCAAUUUUACUCUAGUCCUACAUAGAAAUUAUUUUUAGCUAAUGGGCAUGUGAAGGUAUGUAGUCAUCCAGAGGAUCUAGUCAGUCUUAUAAUGUUGAAAAUUAAAGCUGCAAAAGAUGUAAAAUGAUGUUAAUAAAUUUUUGGUUUCUAAAUAAAAUCAUUUUGUAUAUAA